UCUAUAAAAUAUAAUAAAAUUUUAGAUUCUAAAUAAGUAAAAUAAAGAAGAAGAAGAAGAAAAGAAAAGGUGGCAGUUGGGGAAAGGAAAUAAUUGGGGAAAAUUGGCUGGUGUUUUUAUGAUGCAAAGUUGGAAAUUUUCUUUUGUGUGGACGCAAAACCAAAGAGCUAAAAUGUGUGGAUGCAAAUGUUGAAGGAGACGACGACGACGACGACACUCUUCCACUUUCACCACCACCGACCCUUUCCCCUUCUCAUUCUUUUUCUUUUUCUUCUUCUUCUUCACUCUCUCUUCCAUUUCCAAACCCUCCUUUCCCCUUUCCUAUGGCCGGUUCUCUCUUCUCUACCCUUCCCGAGGACAUUCUUCUCAACAUCUUCUUCAAGCUCGAAGACGAUCCCCGCAACUGGGCUCGUUUAGCUUGUGUUUCCACCAAAUUCUCCUCCACAAUCCGCAACAUCUGCUGGAAAACCAAGUGUUCCAACGCCAUCCCUUCUCUCGUUUCCGAUCUUCUCGUCGGCGACUCUAUUCCUGCCGGUGGUUGGGCUUCCCUUCACAAGCUUGCUGUUUGUUGUCCUGGUCUCGUCCAUUCCGGUGUUCUUCUCGAGAAUUCUGAUUUUGGGCUCGAGCGGGAACUGGGUCCGGAUGAAAAUUACAUGAAAUUGGGUUAUUCUCAACACUCCCAACCCGAAUCGGACCCCCCUUCUUCUACGGCUUUAUUUGAGGUUAAUUCUGAUCUCUCUGCUUCUGCUUCUGCUUCUGCUUCUGAUUGUGCUUGGUCUCUUUACGACGAUCUGUAUUUGGACACUAUGUAUAAUGAUUCUGAAGCCCCAGAUGUUCUCGACCCUCAAAUUGGUUCUACCAAAGUGGAGAAAGGGGUUUUUAUGGCGGAUAGGGAAUUUUGUGUUUCCAAGAGGAGGAAGAUCUGUAGGUCUAUGAGAUCGCAUUUGGCAUCUGGGGUUUGGAAUUUAAGCAGGGAACAAGGGAAUAAGCUGCUUCGGAGUCGAUUUCGAGGUGAUUCUCUUUACAUUUGUGAUUGGCCUGGAUGUGUUCAUAUUGAAGAGAAGCGAAAUUACAUGCUUUUUAGAGGGAUUUUCAAGAAUUUCAAAGGGUCUCAUGUUUGGAGGACCAUAAAAGAUGGGAAUAGGAACAAAAUUGAUCUGAAUUGUGCGUUUUGUUCUUGUAAAGAGACUUGGGAUCUGCAUUCUGCCUUCUGUUUAAGGCGGGUUUUUGGUUAUCAUGAUGACGGUGAGCCAGUUGUUCGAGCUUAUGUCUGUGAGAAUGGCCAUGUCUCUGGAGCUUGGACAGAUCUGCCAUUGUACACUUGAUUUUCGCUUCUGCUUUACCUAUCAUUCCUCAUUCAAUUUCCAUUAAGAAACAUUAGAAAGAAAUGGAAGCAAUGUUUUGGUAGCGCUUUUGUCUAUAAUUUAAUAUCAUUUAUUGCUUAACUCAUUUCCUUUUCUUGCCCGUUUCCAUGAAUUGAACACGAGUUUCCAUUAAAACCAUUGCUGCUAUAGGUUUCAUCUCUGAGGUAUGAUAUUACUUUUAUGAGGCCUAUACAUUUGAGUUGUACAUGUUUCAUUUAUCCGUAGCGGCUACUGCUAAGGAAAGAUAGCAGCUGAGAUUUUGUGGAGAAGAAGAUAUUUUAAGGAAAUUUGCAGUUAAAAGAUGAGGAAUAUCAUAGCUUCAAUUUUGUUGGAGGAUGAUGGGGUGAAGUUCAAAUGAAGCAAUACUUAAAAGAUAAGUUGAAACAAGAAACCUUGGUAUUUUCUGCUUAUAAUCUUCUGUUUGUAUUUGAUGAAUUUUUUUUGUUGUUAGGGAGCAUUGUUUCCCAAUUACUUAAUUUAAUGCGAGAAAUGCUAAAAGACUAUGUUCAGAGA